GCGCUGCUAUGCUGGCUCCGUGUCUCUCUCCUGCUGCACUCUGUCGGUCCGCCUGAAGGGUUACAGGAAGUUGGAGCCGCUGCCAUGUUUAGCUGCUUUGUUGUAGAUUUCUCGUAGGUUAGGUUUCCUGCAGAUUUUUUUAAGUGUUGCAAUGGAGCCGAGCUGGAGUUCAUUUUUAUUCCAGCAGGCAAAUGAAGCGCUCCACCACCAGCAUCAGGUGGGUCAAAACAGCCUGCUGCCCCUCCUCAACUCCGGAGCUGAACCACAAGACCAGAAGCCUGUGCUGCCCAUCCCGCUGGACCAGAAGCCCCCAAUCAUCAACACUGAGCUCCUCAAGGACAAUGUGGCUAGCGGCGUGGGUGGAGGAGGAGGUGGUGGGGGCGGAGGGGGUCCGGUGGUGAUCAAGAAAGAGCCCAAGUCCAAGACGCCGUUUAUUUGCGGGUACUGUAACAAAGCCUUCCGGGACAGCUAUCACCUGCGGCGACACGAGUCAUGCCACACGGGCAUCAAGAUGGUAUCACGGCCCAGGAAGACGCCCACAGCGCCCACCAUGGUGCCUCUCAUCUCCACAGUGCCGCGGGACAAUAAUGGCAACCCUUCGUAUGUGUCUACGGUAGCAGGCAUCCUGACCACAGCCACCACCUCAGCCUCCACAGCAGUUGGGGUGAUGUCUGUCCUGCCCCAGCAGCAGCAGCCCAGUGUGCCUAAAAAACCUCCCAAGCCGGUGAAGAAGAACCACGGCUGCGAGAUGUGUGGCAAAGCCUUCCGAGACGUCUACCAUCUAAACCGGCACAAGCUCUCGCAUUCGGACGAAAAGCCUUUCGAGUGCCCCAUCUGCCACCAGCGUUUUAAGAGGAAGGACCGCAUGACCUACCAUGUACGGUCACAUGACGGGGGUGUGCAUAAACCUUAUAUCUGCUCUGUUUGUGGAAAGGGCUUCUCCAGGCCAGAUCAUCUCAGCUGUCACGUUAAGCACGUUCACUCCACAGAACGACCUUUUAAAUGCCAAGUAACGGCCUGCACGUCUGCUUUUGCUACCAAAGACCGUCUGCGCUCGCACAUGAUCCGCCACGAGGGCAAGGUUACCUGCAACAUCUGCGGGAAAAUGCUGAGCGCCGCCUAUAUCACCAGCCACCUGAAGACUCACGGCCAGGCUGGCUUCACUUCCCCCUGUAACAAAGACACUAACAAUGUGUGCAACUCUGCCUCAGCCACGCCAGUCACUGCCUCGGCCGUCGCCAGCACUACAUCCAUGAACCGUGGUACAGUGAGCAACCCAGUCACCAUUGCCUCCAACACAGUCAACAUCACCAGCCUGCAGCACCCGGUCACCAUCACUGCUCCAGUGAACAUCGCCUCAGUCAAUAUACAAGCCACUGCGCCCAUGAACAUCGCCCAUCCGGUGGCUAUCACCACACCCAUGUCCAUGAACAUCACUGGCCCUCUGAACAUCGCCAUGAGACCUAUGGAGAGCAUGCCGUUCCUCUCCCAGGUCCUGCCUUCUUCCCCACCAUGGUAGAACCACAGGUUCCCCUCAUACACAUCCAACCCUCAUGUUUUAUUUUAAAACAUUUUUCCUGUUCUGGUCUUCCUUCAGUAGCAUGGUUCCUGUCUGAAGAAAGGGCAUGAAAGAGAUGUGGGGUAGAAGCUACAAGCUAGUGCGGACAGACCGCAGCAGCAAAAACAAGAGCAGAUGAGGAGAAGUGAAGGUCUAGUAGAUGUUAGGAGGGUAAGCAGAUCCAGACUGUCUAGACUCUAGAGUUUAGUAAAGGUGCUUAAUAAAGGACAUAAGUAGUAAAUGCAUGGAGUGGAGGCCUGACAUACUUUGCUAGUGCCAGAAAAUCUCUGCCAGUAGCCGUUUGAGGAGGAGCAAUUGCUCCAUCAAAUAGCGUGUGUGACUGGUAUUAACGGUUUUAUGAACUGUGAGGAUUUUAUGAACUGUUUGUUAUUUUAGCUUGCUCAUCAGUAUUCUUUAGUUUUAUGCAUUGAGUUGUGUACUACAAAAGGGACAGAGGCUUCCAUUUGUGGAAGAUGGUUAUUUUAUAUUUUUAACACAGUACUAUGUAUGUAAGGAAAGUUGUUCUGAGGCGAAGUGGUUUUACAGAUUUGGAAGCCACUUAAAACUGUAGCUGUUAUUCUAGUUUCUAAGUAAUGUUUUCAAUAUCUGGGAUAUCCUUCCGCUUAGUGGGUGUUGGACAUUACAGUAGUUAUUUGACUCAAGUCUUGCACUGAGAACAUAUCUGAUAGAUGAUAUUCUGAUGGCAGUAUUAAGAGAUAAUGUGUUUUUUUUCUUUGUUUGUAUUUGUUUUUAAUGGGGUAAGCUCCCUAUGCAGAAAUCACCAGCAUGCUGAAAUCGAUCCCCAAGACAUUUUUCAGAGUGUCAAUUAAGUUUAUAGGAAUUAUUUUCUAAUCUUUUUCCAUCUGUAAGGAUGAGGGCUGUGUUCCUGUGGACCUUUGUUCAGGGUCUUGCUGAGAAAAAACCCAAUCACGUGACACUCAACAAACUUUUAUCUUUUUUUUUUUUUUUUUUUCCAUUUUGUUGCUUAUUUAAUACACUAAACCGGUGUCUCCUUAUUUUCUAAAACUUUAAGGUUACAGGUUAUGUCCCAAUCAUUUCUGAUUAAAAAAAAAAACUGUCCAUUAUGAAUGUGCUUCAGUUUGUUAAGUGUAGUUUUUUUUGUUCCUUGAUUAUUGUGAAACCAAAACUGCCAUCUGUAGUUCAGAGUUUGUUGGCUUGGUCUUCAUCCAUGACACUCAUCUCUGUUCCGCACGACCGUAGGAUGUUAGUAAUGAACCAAGGCAAAGUAUUUCAUCCAUUAUGGAUGGCAAAAGCAAUACCUAGGCUGAACUGCUAGCCCAUUCCAUUCCUUUUUGACUCUGAUUUAGUUUGUAAAUAUUGCCCUCCUCAUGAGUGUGAGCUCUGUGAUUUAGGGGUAAGUCUGAUCAGAGGUAAAGAUCAGCUGAAUGUGCGCAUACUUUAGUCAUGGCCUCAGUAGUGCGGUCAUGGCUCAAAUAUUAUUUUAUUUUAUUAUCUAAGACUGGUUUAUCCUAAUAUUCUAAUCCAACUGACCAGAAGGUUAGCAGCUUUCCUAGCAGAAAUGACUAUCUGUUAUCAAAACUGGAAUUGCUCCAUUUAGAUGUACUGGUCAGUUGCAAUGUGAACGAGUGGCUAAAAAAAAAAGAUCCUUAAAACCUCCUGUAUGAUUGGAAUUCCCUUGCUACUAAGUACAACUUGUAGCCGCAUUUCAUUUGCGUACAUUGCAUUAACUUCCCAAUGAGAAUUUUUUUUGUCUGUCUGUCAAAGUGUUGCCUUGUUUAACAGGGGUAUAUUGUUUUUGGAUUAACUUUGAAAACUGGAAUUUGAGGAAUGGGACUGAUGUGACUGGUUAAAAUCAUUACAGAACAUUGGGUUUGGAGUAUGCUUGUGCUAUAUGUUUGUCCCUCCACAGUGGCAUUACUUCUGUGCCUGAUCUAAAAAUGUCUGAAAACGCCACUGUGGAAUACUUAGAGUUUACCAAAUGUGUGUGAAGAUUUAAAACUGUUUUGAUUUGCCGAAAGUCAUGUAUAAGGAAUUAUGAGUUUGUCAUGAGGUUUUUCCGCAAGUAUUGUUUUAAUUUUUAUUUUUUUUAUGCCUUAUGCACCUACAGUAUCUUUAAAAGAAACUUCUUUGAUUUAAAAGUGAGGGAAAACCUUAUUUUCCAGUUUGAAUUGGAGAAUGAAACUGUAGUGCAGUCCUUUUAAAAUUUCUUUUGAUGAAUUGGCAAAACCAUGUGAAUGCCAGUGAAUGUAUAUCUUUGUAAAAAAAAAUAAAAAUAAAACAACAAAAAAAAACAUUUAGCUCAGAGGGUGUGGUAGUUAUGUUAGAUGUGCAAGGAAAACAAAAACAAGUAAAAUAACCUUUUAUAAAACAUUUUGUAUUAGAACAUUAACAUUGAUAAUUUUGUAUAUAUGAAGACUAGGCUUUUUUGGUUAGCAGAAAUGUUAAACAUUCCUACAUUUUUUUAAAUGUAUGUAUGUCCAGAACAAUUAUGUAAACAAAAUGCGCAAUGUUUUAUGUGCCUUUUAUUUGGGUUGUCUAAAUAAAAGAAAAUUGUAAAACAUGGA